AUGUCUGAGUCAAGCAGUGAUGGAGGGAAGUGGUUGGACGCUCACUAUGACCCGGUGGCGGGCCUCUUCACUUUCUCGUCGUGUGUGGACCUGGCGGACCUGAGCGGGGACGGGGAGAGUCGGCUGGUGGUUGGCGACCUGGGCUCGGGUUCAUCAGGCAUGAAGCUAAAGGUGUACCGGGGGACAGCGCUGCUGAGUGAGAGCACCCUUCUGGACCUUCCCGCUGGCCUCGUCGCCUUCUUCAUGGACCUGCAUGAGCCGCGCAUCCCCGCCGUUGCCGUGGCGUCCGGACCCUGCGUCUAUGUCUACAAGAACCUGAGGCCGUACUUCAAGUUCACGCUGCCCGGUCUGGAGGUGAACAUGCUGGAGCAGGACGUGUGGCAGCAGGUGAGGGAGGGUCAGAUCGACCCUCUGACCCUGAAGGAGAUGCUGGAGAGCAUCAGGAAGAAGGCAGAUGUCCCACUGUCUGUGCGUUCGCUCAGGUUCCUCUCUCUGGAGACUAACCACAUGGAUGAGUUUGUCCAGCUGCACAAACAGCAGCCAAUCAGACGACAGACGGUCAUCACCUGCAUCGGGACUCUGAAGAAGAGCACGGCCGAUGAGGACGGCGUCAGCUGUUUGGUGAUCGGGACAGAGAGCAGCGACGUCUACGUCCUCGACCCCGAGGCCUUCAUCAUCCUGUCCAAGAUGACGCUGCCGUCUCCCCCCACCAUGAUGGAUGUGACGGGUCAGUUCGACGUGGAGUUUCGCAUUACGGUGGCGUGUCGCAAUGGAAACAUCUACAUCCUGCGCAGGGAAUCGGACAAACCGAAGUACUGCAUCGAGCUGGCGUCUCACCCGGUGGGUCUGGUCAGAGUCGGGAAGAACGUUGUAGUCGGCUGCACUGAUGAAAGUCUCCAGGGCUUCACGCAGAAGGGGAAGAAGCUGUGGCAGACCGUCCUCCCUGCUCCCAUCACCACCAUGGCGGUCAUGGACCUUCCCACACGGGGGUUCCAGGCAGUUCUGGUGGGCCUUGCUAACUGUGAGGUGCAGCUGUUCCGAGACAAGAACCUGCUGAGCACCAUCAAGACGCCUGACGUGGUCACCAGCAUCUGCUUUGGCCGGUAUGGACGUGAGGACGGGACAAUGAUCAUGACCACCAAGGGAGGUGGCCUGAUGGUAAAGAUCCUGAAGAGGACGGCAGCGUUCGACGACAGGGACAGCGCCCCCGGGCCACCGCUGGCCCAGAGCGUCCGCCUCAACGUGCCCAAGAAGACCAAGCUGUACGUUGACCAAACGCUGCGGGAGCGAGAGAAUGGUGUGACCAUGCACCGCGCCUUCCAGAUGGACCUGAGCCGCAUGCGUCUCGCUGCUGCCAAAGCUUACGUCAAGGCUCUGGAGUCCAGCCUGACACCGGUGUCCUCAAGCCUUUCCGAACCGCUCAAGAUGAACGCCGUGGUUCAGGGUCUGGGUCCAUCCUUCAAACUGACCCUGAACAUCCAGAACACGGCAGCCUGUCGGCCCAUCAUGAACCUGGCCAUCAGCUUCCUGUACGACCAGAGCCUGUACCGCAUGAGGAACCCGUACAUGAGGAUCCCGCUGCUGGUGCCUGGACUCGUCUACCCCGUCGAGACCUUUGUGGAGUGCACCAGUGACAAGGGCAUCUCUGACAUUAUCAAGGUGUUCGUCCUGCACGAGGGAAAGAGCUGCCCCCUGCUGACCGCUCACAUCAACAUGCCGGUGAGCGAGGGACUGAUGCUAAACUGACGAUGCCGUGUUGCAACUUUAUUUAAAACAGAAACAAGGACACAGAGGUUUAACAUUUGGAAACUUAAAGUUAAAAAUCAUUAAAUCAGAGUACGGAAGCAAAGAAAGAGCAAAACUGACAUUUGAGUUUCACUCAAUUUAUUACAUUUAAAUAUUUUAUUUUGAUAGAUGAAUGUGGGUCAUAUUGAUAAAUAAAUAGAUAAAUAAAAGUCAAACUUGAGCGAUUUGAACGGUCCAAUCAGACUCUGUUCUGUUAGUCACACGAUGCAAAACGCAGUGACCAUCCAUUCAGGUCAUUAUCACAAAGGAAACUGAUUUUAUAUAGAAUUGUAAAAUGAGAUGUUGACUCAUCAGGUGAAUGUAGAUUUUUCUGAUGUAAA